GAAAGUAAAUAGGCAAACCGGAAGUGAGGUCAUGAGGUGCCUCGGAGUUUCCCAGUGAUCCAGGUUUUGUUUACGUGCUUCCUUCCACCGUGGAUUGUGCUGACAGCUGUUGAAAUGACGCCGUGGAGAAGAGAAACACGCCCACGGUGUUGUAAGAAACACGGAGACCCGGAGACCCGCAGCCCAACCCGGACUGUCCCCACCUGAACCUCCGUCAUGGGAGCCAUCAUUUCACAGAUCCUCUCCAUGUUCACCUCCAAGAAUCCCGUCAGGAUUAUAAUGGUGGGUCUGGAUGGUGCAGGUAAAACCACUUUGCUGUACAAACUGAAGCUGGGCAACGUGGUCACUACCAUCCCGACCAUCGGUUUCAACGUGGAGACGGUGGAGCAUAGAAACAUCAGUUUCACAGUUUGGGAUAUUGGUUAUCAUCUCAUGACCAGACCGCUGUGGAGACAUUACUACGCCAACACGCAGGGUUUUAUUUAUGUGGUUGACAGCAGCGAUUCAGAGAGGAUUAAAGAGGCCACAGAAACGCUCCUUAUGCAGCUGGAUGGGGAUGAGCUGAGGGACGCUCCAGUUCUGGUUUUUGCUAACAAACAGGACUUACCCGGAGUCAUGUCGGUCGAUGACAUCACAGAGGCUCUCAGCCUAUCAGGAGUCCAGCAGCCGUGGUUCGUCCAGCCGUCCUGUGCCGUCAGCGGCGCCGGUCUGGUGGAGGGACUGGACUGGCUCUCUGACCAGAUCCUGAAGAAGUAGCUGCUGCUGAGAUGCUCUGAUUUCUGACGUUCCUGCUGAGUCUUUGAAGGCACCAGGCGCCUACCUGGCGCCGUUUACCUGGAGAAACCUGAAGGAUCUUGUGAGAAAACGUCCAAACCUGUAAAACUAUCGCACUUUCUCUGAAAAGAGACAAUCACAAACUAUUUAAUGUUUUUAUUUGAAUUUGGGUUUGGAAUAGUUGAGAUAUUUUUUUCUAAGAAUUUUUCUGAUGAUUUUCUUGCUUCUCUGCACAACUUUGUGCUCUCAGAUGUUAGUUUUGGGUGUUUCUACAACAAAUUUGAUGGUGGAUUCACAAAAACACUAGAAAAAUAAACGUGCUUAAUUUCUCAGCAGAUAUUACAUUAAUAUCUUAUGAAACUUUGUAUUUAUAGUGAAAUCUGUCAAUUAUUUGCUGAUAGAUUUUAUGUUGUUCUUGAUGGUUUCUUGCUUCAAACAUUCAACAUUUUGCACUUCCAAUCACAUGUUUUGUUUGGUUGUUUUUACAAAUUUGAUGUUAAAUUAAUAAAAAAGGAGAAAAAUAAACCAAUGUGCUUUAUUUUUCAGCAUAUAUUACACUAAUCUCUCUUGAUUUAUUUGUAUUUAUUGUAAAAUCUGUAAAUUUACUAAUAUUUUAUAUUCUUUCAGUGACAGUUUUCUACACAUCUUUGUGCACCGACAGAUUUCUUUUGGUUGGUUUUAGAAAUUAAAUACAUUUAAAAAUUUUGAAAAAUAAACAGAUCUGCUUUAAGUUUCUACAUGCAUUACAGAGUGAUAUAAAACUGUUUAUAAUAAAAUCUGAAUGUCAGUUAUUUGCUGAGAUUUUUUUAUUCUCCUUGAUGGUUUUCUUGUUUCUAAAGGUUUUUCACGACCAGAUGUUGUUUUGUUUUUAACUAUAUGGUAAUUUCAUUUUAAAAAAUUAACAGAUAUGCUUUAGUUUUUUGCAGGCAUUACACUAAUAUUUUAUAUUGUAUUUCUUAUGAAAUGUGAAUGUCAGAAUAAUUUAAUAUCAUGAAAGAUGGAGGUAACCGAGUCAUAUUGUCUUAUUUUAACAGACUUAACAAAUAAGCUGGGAUGUAAAUAAACAAAUGGCAACCAGC